ACAGAAAAGAAAAAGUGCAAAAUGUGAAUUGUGGAAAGUGUUACAUCGAAUAUUUUGCUUCCUUGAUCAUUUAAUCAGCUAUAAUUUAUAGUUUUCUUUUGGCCAAGCGGUCUUUACUUAUUCACGAUCAACUGGAGACCAUAAAUAGUUACGGUUUCAUUGAAUAUACUUUUAGAUUCGGUUGUGAAAGAUGGAUCCGGGGAUCCUUUGUUUCCACCAUUGUGCCCACAAAGUUUUCUGCACAAUUAUUCCGGAACAAUGUCCGGUAUGUGAGCAGAAACUAGACCGAUAUGACUACAAUUUGUUACCAUUCAGGGUACCAUAUCCCUUCGUCAAGGCAUCUCAGCACCCGAGAGCUAUAGUCAUGAAGCCUACUCAUGGAGAUUUUCUCAACGACUAUUACAACUCCAAAGACUUGCACAUAGGGGUGACUAACUCGCAUGGGUGUGUUGUGGAGUUCAGUGAAGGUGGUGUAAACGGUGUGGACACUUUGACCAAAAAAUGGAGCACUUGUGAUGCAAGCUCUGACUGGGACCAGUGCCUCCUAUUAGAACAGUUUGAUGAAUUAUGGAAUGAGAUUUGGGAUAGUGUACUUUUAAAGGUGAGCCUCAGUCCACUUUGGGAAGCGGAUAGAUAUAAUGAGGAAAGACACAAUUGCUUUACAUUUGUACUGGCUUUCUUAAGGGCUCUGGACUGUGGAGAACUCUCUGACAAAGCACGAGACCCCAAACUCUUCUGCAAACAAUAUGUGGUCCCUAGAACCUCUGCAGCCGGGAAGUACAUCUCCCUGUACCGGCAGCUCAAGCGACAGGACUACUUUAUACAGAGCCAAUGAUACCAUGACUUUGUCUAAUUACUAUUUAUUAUUUAUAAUUUUACUCAGUAUUAACUGUGAUGUUAAAUGUUUAGGUAUGAAAUAUCUGAAAGUGGUGCAUUUAAGUUAGACCAAAUCAUAACUUUAAUUCCAUAUUUAUAAUGCUUUGUCUUCUUGCCUUUAUAUGAAUUUGUAUUAAACUUAUAUUUAUGUUGCCUAUUAUGAUGUAAUCAUUAAUUAGUUUAGGUUCAUGUUGGAAAUAUAGACUGAGCACUAUGAAUCUUAAUUAUUUUCCUUGGAUAGGUUCAUAAAAGAAUUGAUAUACUUAGUAUUUCAUGUAGGUGCCUCUUGAAAUCUGUGCUGCCCACAACUUACAUUAGUGAUAGUUUGAAGGUGACACAUCUUGUAAGUUGAGUUAAAUAAUGGAUAACAAGUAAUUGAUUAAUGACAAUAACUGAUAAUGAUUUAAAUCUAUCCUAAAUUUUGUUAAUCAAAUCUUUAGUUUUCUUUGUUAUUGUAUAAUUAAUUGGAAUAAUUUUGUCACUGAUUUUUUUAUCAUAUAUGAACUGGCAGUAGACAUCUUCAAAUAUUUAUAACAUUAUUACACAAAACAUUACCUUAUGCUGUUUAGAUAGGUAUAUUAAGAAGCAAACAUUUAAAAAGUAGUGUUCAUAUAUUAAUGAUAAAACUAUAUUGCUCAUAAGAAUGUGUAUGCACUACCUAUGCUUAUUCAAAUGAAUCUGUGUGUAGCAUCUCAUAUCAUCUUCCACUAUCAUGAGUUGAUUUACACAACAUAUUUCUAGUAGUAAUGUUGUCCAUAUAAUUAAUACUUAAAGAGUGUUUUCAAAGAAAUAGAAAUACCACAGUCUUACUCAAAUCUGCUUGCAUUAGUUGCGUAACAAACUGUGUACUAUUACUAUCCAUUGAUCCAUGUUAACAUUUAGGAUCAAUAAAAUGUUAAAAGUAUGCCUGGAGAGUGAAUUUUGCUAAGUACUAAGCUUGUCCAAAUAAUCAUUAGGUGUGUCUGUAGUAUGUGAAAUGUGAAUAUCAUUGCAUAUCUUGUCUGACUUGUAGCCAUUCAUUAUGACCAUUUUAUAACUUAUUUUCAGUUACUACGUUUUCUAAAAGACUCGGAGUUUGUACGCGGAAAAGAUCUCAGACAAAAAUUCUAGGUGCUACAUUUUUGAAAUAAAGGAUUUGUUAAAA